CCCGCUAACUAAUAAUCUUCCCCAACUUUUUCCUUUUCCAACCAGGAUCUCAAUUCUUCGAAAUUUGUCUCCGGUUAUCGGCCGUGUAACAAACCAAGCAACAGUUCAUGAUGUCGGUACGCACGCUUCGCAUUGGAUUGAUUCCUGGAGAUGGCAUUGGGAAGGAAGUCAUUCCUGCCGGCCGCCGGGUGCUUGAGGCUCUACCAGCCUACCUCAAGCUCAAGUUCGAGUUUGUAGACCUGAAAGCUGGGUUCGAGGCUUUUGAGCAAACGGGUGCCGCAUUGCCAGAAAAGACGGUGGACAUUCUGAAGGCAGAGUGCGACGGUGCUCUUUUUGGCGCCGUGAGCUCGCCUACUCAAGCUGUCAAAGGAUAUUCAUCCCCGAUUGUUGCCCUCCGCAAAAAGCUCGAUCUCUACGCGAACGUACGUCCCGUCAAGUCGGUCAUGACGGCCGUCAAGCCAAUCGACAUGGUUAUCGUACGAGAAAACACGGAGGACUUGUAUGUGAAGGAAGAAAAGACAUACAGCGGUCCUGAGGGGAAGGUCGCAGAGGCCAUCAAGCGCAUUUCCGAGCGUGCAUCUUUCCGAAUCGCGACAAUGGCCGGCGAUAUUGCUGUGCGCCGGCAACGACUUCGCGAAGAGGGUGCCUCCAGCAUCCAUAAGUCCCCCUUGGUGACUGUGACACACAAGUCGAACGUGCUGUCACAGACGGAUGGCCUGUUCCGUGCCGCAUCUAAGAGCGCUCUGUCUGCGGCAAGAUUCAAUGGUGUGACAGUCGAGGAGCAGAUUGUGGAUUCAAUGGUCUAUAAGCUCUUCCGCCAACCUGAAGAUUACGACGUUAUCGUAGCGCCGAAUCUCUACGGUGACAUCUUAUCUGACGGUGCAGCCGCUCUCGUGGGUAGCUUGGGUCUGGUACCUAGUGCCAAUGUUGGUGAGGGAUUCGCCAUCGGCGAGCCGUGCCACGGAAGUGCUCCUGAUAUCAUGGGCAAGGGCAUUGCUAAUCCCAUUGCGACAUUGCGAAGUGUCGCACUGAUGCUGGAGUUCUUGGAGGAGCCUGCGGCUGCUGCUAAAAUAUAUGCAGCUGUUGAUGCAAAUCUUGAAGCCGGAGUUCUGGUGACCCCGGACUUGGGGGGGACCGCGACUACUGAGCAAGUUGUAGAGGAUAUCCUGAAUAAGCUUUAGAGGUAUAUUACUAUGUACGUAUAUAUAGACUGAUUUUAGGAAAAUAUAGAAAGUCUUAGAUAAUUUAUUUAAUAUCUUUAGUUUUACUUUAAAAAAUAUUAUCCUUAUAGGAAUUAUAAAGGUAAUAAUAUUACUAUUAUUAUAUUUAUAUUAAGAAGGU